AUGUCGUCGAUUCCAGCCUAUCCCUGUGACCAAUCCUUCAACAGCACACCGUCAUCCACAUCCCAAGCGGUUACUCCGACACCUUUCGCGGCCGCCGCCACCACGAACGGUUCGGCCACCACCGAAGGCACCUCCCAGAAUAAUGGCAACGGCUCGGAUCGUGACCGUAGCAUUGGCAAAAAUUUCCUGACUCGACCGAUCUGUGUACAAACGUUCUCCACCAACAGCAUGCCCAAUCAUCUGGCCAUCUCGGACAGUUGUGGAGGAGUUUAUAUCACGGACUUCCAAGGAAGAAUCAAGGAACACGUGCUGGUGAAGAACUCCUCGGCAAGUUCUGUGGCCAUGAUGAAAAGAAUGACGUGA